AGCUUCACCCACGUGCUUUAUUAUAAGCCCUGUUAUUCUCACAUCCGGGAUAUGAAACAUGAGCAAAGACGUGGAAUGUUGCGUUUUUCUUCUCUCUUUUAGGCGUCGUAAUGAUGGAGUACAAAGCGUAACGAUUGGUGGAUGCAAGAAAUAUAAAACCCACAGCAUAGCAUUAGCACUCCGGACGCGACGCGCAUGAAUCCCUUCCGAGAGAUCCUCAGACUCAAGCAAACGCGUGCCGCAUACUUGUUUUCGAUCAUCCGCUAAGGAUUCAAUAGAAAAAGCUCCCGAUAUACACAAAAAGACACACAUCCACACAAGGGGCUAAAAGUGCACAAUGGUCGCUGGCGAUACGUGUCUCUCAGGCAAGCUUAGCGCAGCGACAUUUGAUUGACAACCCGCCGACCAAUAGGAACGUCCUGCGACCCAGCUGCGCUCGGAGGCGGCCAAUGGCGAACGGCAGAAUCCGGGCCUAACCGUCGGUUAGGCUGUCGCCGCGGACGGCCAGCGCUAAACUUCACCAAAUAAUAGCUGUUUGUAUUUUGGCUGCCGCAGUAGCCAUUUUAGGUAGAUUGACAUCUGUCUCAACCCACACAGAAUGGGUUAGUUGGCAUCUUGGGGCCCACUGUGAAAUUAACUCAAUAUGUUUAAUAUGCAACAGAAAAAGAAGUUUAGACGCAGACACACAGUUCAAGAAAAAAUGAAAAUACAAAAGAAAGACAAGCAGAUGUCUGCCACCCACGUACUAAAGCACACUCCAUCCGCCGCUGCCUCGCAUGCCUCUGACCAAAACGCACAAACUACAUUUCCCAUCGGGCACUUGGGCAAAGACCAGUUACGAAUCAUCGGAGGCCCGCCCAAUCACUGCAUGGCUCACCCAAAGCACUCCGGGUUACGGGAGGCGGGGUCCGCGACCGCCAGCCCGGGUCUCUGCCCGUCGCCCUCGCCAAUCAACAGCGAAGAGGACGAUGGAGGGGGCGGGUCCAGAGUGAAGAAGAAACGUAGGAAAAAAGAGAAGAAAGCGCCGGAGUGGCCGAAAGAUGGACGCGGCGACGUUAAACCAAAGAGGAAGGAGCAAAAAGAAGCAAAGGAGCUUCUUCCGAGAAAGUCAAAGGCCCCGAAGGAACGAAAGGUUCACAAGAAGAAGGAGGUGCAAGCUAAAAAGGAGAUCAAAAAGGGCAAGAAAGGUCAGGAAGUGAAGGUGAAAACGCAGGCCAAGAACGCUACAACACAUCCACCCUCGAAAAGAGGGAGGAAGCCAAAAGAUCAGGGUGCCAUGCCACCGGAGAAGAGGAAGAAGGGCAAGAGGAAAAGUGAUGCUCUCCUGGAGGCAGUGGAGAGCGAUGACACGGCGUCUCUCAGCACACUGGCCACUGGAGGAGAGGAGAGCAUUGACCCCAUGGACACUAAGAGGCGUUCGGGGCGUCAAGUAAAGCGUCGAAAGUAUAAUGAAGAUCUUGAUUUCAAGGUCGUGGAUGAUGAUGGGGAAACCAUCGCUGUUUUGGGCUCGGGCCGAAUUCCCGCCCUCUCUUCUUCUACCCUUGCUUGGCAAGCUGAGGAACCCCCUGAAGAUGAAGCCAAUAUCAUUGAGAAGAUACUCUCAGUGCGAACGGUCAAGAAAGAGACGUCUCCUGAUGAACCACCAGAAGUGUUGGAGGAGUUUUACGUUAAGUACAGAAAUUUCUCUUAUCUACACUGUAAAUGGGCGACCUUGGAAGAGCUGGAGAAAGACCCACGCAUUCACCAAAAAAUCAAGCGCUUCAGAAACAAGCAGGCACAAAUGAAGCACAUUUUCACAGAGCCGGAUGAAGACCUCUUUAACCCAGACUACAUCGAGGUUGAUCGGGUUUUAGAGAUCGCUAUCACUACAGACACAGAAACAGGAGAGGAAGUUACACACUACCUAGUAAAAUGGUGCUCUCUGUCAUAUGAGGAGAGCACUUGGGAGCUACAGGAAGAUGUUGACCCUGUGAAAAUCAAGGAGUUUGAAGACCUCAAGAAAAUUCCAGAAGUCAAACUUAUGGAGAGACCUCUUCCAGAACAAUGGCAGAAACUGGAGAGAUCCCGAGAUUACAGAAAUGGGAACCAGCUGAGAGAAUAUCAGUUAGAGGGAAUGAACUGGCUGCUCUUCAACUGGUACAACAGGAAAAACUGUAUCCUGGCCGAUGAGAUGGGGCUCGGAAAGACCAUCCAGUCCAUCACGUUCCUGUAUGAGAUUUUCUACAUGGGUUUGAGAGGACCAUUUCUUAUCAUCGCGCCUCUUUCCACCAUCACUAACUGGGAGAGAGAGUUUCGUACCUGGACCGAUAUAAACGUCAUCGUGUAUCAUGGCAGUCAGAUCAGCCGGCAGAUGAUCCUGCAGUAUGAGAUGUACAACAGAGACGAACAGGGAAACAUAGUGGCCGGGCAGUUUAAGUUUCAUGGAGUAAUCACUACAUUUGAAAUGAUCAUGGCGGACUGUCCAGAACUGAAGAAGAUUAACUGGCGCUGUGUGGUGAUCGACGAGGCUCACCGUCUUAAAAACCGAAACUGCAAACUUCUGGAGGGUCUAAAACUCAUGAACCUGGAACAUAAGGUUCUUCUAACAGGAACCCCUUUGCAGAACUCGGUUGAGGAACUUUUCAGUCUCCUCAACUUCCUCGAACCUUCGCAGUUCCCGUCUGAGACCACUUUCCUGGAGGAGUUCGGAGACCUGAAAACUGAGGAGCAGGUAAAGAAACUUCAGGCCAUUCUGAAGCCCAUGAUGUUGAGGAGACUAAAGGAUGACGUGGAGAAGAAUCUGGCCCCCAAAGAGGAGACAAUCAUCGAGGUGGAGCUCACUAACAUUCAGAAGAAAUACUACAGAGCCAUCCUGGAGAAAAACUUUGCCUUUCUUGCCAAGGGAGCCAACCAGCACAACAUGCCCAACCUCAUAAACACAAUGAUGGAGCUUCGCAAGUGUUGCAAUCACCCGUACCUUAUAACAGGUGCUGAAGAAAAGAUUCUGGAGAGCUUCAGAAAGACCUACAGUCCUGAUGCCUUGGAUUUCCAGCUCCAGGCCAUGAUCCAGGCCGCUGGUAAAUUAGUGCUUAUAGACAAGCUGCUGCCCAAACUUCUGGCUGGGGGACAUAAAGUGCUGGUGUUUUCACAGAUGGUCAGAUGUCUGGAUAUACUGGAAGACUACCUCAUCCAGAGAAGGUACACGUACGAGCGCAUCGACGGGAGGGUUCGAGGGAAUCUACGGCAGGCCGCCAUCGAUCGCUUCAGUAAGGUGGACUCCGACCGCUUCGUGUUCCUUCUCUGUACCCGGGCGGGAGGGCUGGGCAUCAACCUCACCGCCGCCGACACCUGCAUCAUAUUCGACUCGGACUGGAACCCGCAGAAUGACUUGCAGGCCCAAGCUCGCUGCCACCGGAUUGGUCAAAGCAAAGCGGUAAAGGUGUAUCGCCUUAUCACGAGAAACUCAUACGAGAGGGAGAUGUUUGACAAAGCCAGUUUGAAACUGGGAUUGGACAAGGCUGUUCUGCAGGACAUAAACCGCAAAGGAAGUACAAAUGGGGUUCAACAACUCUCCAAAAUGGAGGUAGAAGAUCUUCUCAGGAAGGGAGCGUACGGAGCGCUCAUGGAUGAGGAAGAUGAGGGCUCUAAAUUUUGUGAGGAGGACAUCGAUCAAAUCCUGCAGAGACGCACGCAGACCAUUACAAUCCAGUCUGAGGGAAAGGGAUCAACUUUUGCCAAGGCAAGCUUUGUAUCUUCAGGGAACCGUACGGACAUCUCUCUGGAUGAUCCAAACUUCUGGCAGAAGUGGGCCAAAAUCGCAGAGCUGGAAAUUGACUCCAAAGCUGAAAAGGAGAGUUUAGUCAUCGACACACCUCGUGUUCGGAAGCAGACGAAGCACUAUAAUUCGUUCGAGGAUGACGAACUGAUGGAAUUCUCAGAACUCGACAGCGACUCGGAAGAACGUCCCUGUCGCUCGAGACGGCUUAGCGAUCGCAAUAGACGCUACCUCCGCGCGGAGUGCUUCAGAGUGGAGAAGAAUCUGCUCAUUUUUGGGUGGGGUAGAUGGAAGGAUAUUCUCAAUCACGGGCGUUUUAAAUGGCACCUGACGGAGAGAGACAUGGAGGUCCUGUGCAGAGCUUUACUGGUCUACUGCGUUCGGCAUUAUAAAGGUGAUGAUAAAAUCAAGAGCUUUAUCUGGGAUCUGAUCACACCGACCAAAGACGGACACAACCAAGCCCUGCAGAACCAUUCCGGCCUGUCAGCUCCUGUCCCACGGGGUCGCAAAGGCAAGAAGCUGAAGAACCAGUUGAGUCCACCUGAGCUGAAGAACGCAGACUGGCUGGCCCACUGUAAUCCAGAGGUGGUCCUUCAGGACGACAGCUACAAGAAACACCUCAAGCAACAUUGCAACAAGGUUUUGCUGAGGGUUCGAAUGCUUUACUAUCUGAAGGUGGAAGUUCUGGGGGAAGCUGCUGCUCAGUCUCUUGAAGGAAUCCCAGCCAGCAAACUGGAGGUCACCUUGCCUGAUAUUGACUACAUUGAGAUCCCAACUAUAUGGUGGGAUGCUGAGGCUGAUAAAUCUUUGCUUAUUGGAGUCCAUAAACAUGGGUAUGAGCGCUAUAAUGCCAUGCGUGCGGACCCUGCGCUUUGUUUUCUGGAGCGGGUGGGCAUGCCUGACGUCAGUGCAUUGACAGUAGAACAAGGUGGAGUAGAAAUAGCUGCAGACACACCUGAAAGUAUUACCAAGAAUGAUGAACUGAAAGAGGAGACUGAUUCUAAGUCUGAAGAAUUAGAAGAGAAAGGAGAUAUUAAGGAGGAGCCUAUGCCAGAAGAAAUUGGGAAAAAUGACAGUACAGUGACAGGCGGCUUUGUAGCGUCGCUCCAUGCAGAUCUUCUUGCAGAGGUGGUUGAGCAGGGGCGCAUACAGUGGCCGGCGGGCUCGGCACUAACAGCACGAUUACGACGACUCGUUACCGCCUAUCAGCGUUACACUCGACGUGAGCCGCUUCGUCACGAGUUUCUCUUGCACGAGGGACUCGCACCUGUGACCUGGCAAAUUGGAGAUUUUAGGCACUGCACAACUGAGCCUGACCCGCUGUUUCUGGAGUGGCAACGGAGAUGGACACGUCGUGAGCAGGCUGACUUCUAUCGCACCGUGUCAUCGUUCGGGGUCGUUUUUGACCCAGAGAAAAAAACUUUCGACUGGGGCCAAUUCCGUGCCCUUGCUCGUUUGGAGAGGAAAACGGAUGAAAGUUUGGAUAGAUAUUUCUAUAGCUUUGUCUCCAUGUGUCGCACUGCCUGUAGACUGCCACCUAGAAAAGAAGAAGGUGCUGUUGACCCUUCGCUGUUUGUGGAACCCAUUACAGAAGAGCGAGCUGCCCGAACCUUAUACCGUAUCGAGCUUUUGAGGAAGGUCCGUGAGCAAGUAUUGCGCCACCCGCUUUUGGGCGCACGGCUGCAGCUUUGUCGUCCAAGCCUUUAUUUGCCCGUUUGGUGGGAGUGCGGCAAACACGACCGUGAUCUUCUUAUUGGCGUUGCUAAGCAUGGUUUAAGCCGAACUGACUUCUACAUUUUAAAUGACCCCCAGCUAUCCUUCCUGGAAGCCCACCGAAACUAUGUACACAAAGAAAACCACAGAUACCCUGUUCCAGGUUUGCCCCAUCACCACUGCUGCUUGUACGAUGCCAACCUUGGGCAUUGUCACUCCCCACAACCUCCAGAGUACCAUCCCGCAACCUCACACCACACACAAACCCAUCAACUCAUCCAUACUCCUAGUCAUCACCAGCCAUCAGAAGUAGUGGCGUCGGAGCCCGGAAGCAUCAGCAUGGGUACGGGACCAAGGGAAGGAUUUUUGGACUGUCCUCCAUUAGAUGACUCUCUUGAGCUGGGGUCUUUGCAACACGAGGGGUUGACGCCAGAUCCCCUACAUAGUAAGUCUGGUAAAGAGGCCUUUAAUGGAUUCCCCUUUAAUUCUGCAACUGGUGGGCAGAAUAUGCUAAACUCAUAUGGUGUCCAAGGAGAGCUUAAUGGAGCUCAAGGAGAUAUAGCAGACACCAUAGCUGGGAAGCUUCGUAGCGAUGUUCUGGUGGGAGAGCAAGGGUCCUCAGAGGAGACUGGUUUAAUGGCACCUUCUGUGGAACUAGACGAACUUCAAACACCAUGGGAGAGCUCGGAUCAUACUGAAACCUCAGACAUGUUCAAUGAGACCGAUCCUAUUCUGGGUGCACCAGCAUUGGAAACAGGAUUUCUGGAUGCUCCUCCACCAGACGACGGACGGGAAGGUGACGAAACGCUCACCGACUGUUUGAGCAUGCCCAGUUCAGAUUCUCAAAGUAACCCUGUUGAGCCACUUGCACCAAGCUUCAUGCUCUUUAAAGAUCUUCAUGUAGGAGAGACUUCUGUAGAUCAGACAGAUCUGUCAGAAUAUGUUCCACCAACAACACCUCUUGAAAUACCGGAUGUAAGUCUUGAUCAAGCAGACCCCAUUAGUGAGGAGCAAGAGGACAAGCUUAGUGAUACCAACAUCACACACGGUGUUCCCAGUCCAGGAGAAGGAACGGAAAGUUUAGGGUUUAAUUUUGAGAAAGAAGAACUUUCUCUGGAUAGUGACAGUCUGGCAACAACAGGUCUAAAGAUGAAGGACGCUCAAUAUGACAACAACAAGAUGCCUUCAGUAGAGUCUCCAAGCGAAAACUGCCUUGAGGAAUCAUCACCGAACAUGGACUGCAAGGUAUCAUUUGAGGAUUCUUGUGAUGGGCCCUUGGAAGAAUCAUAUGGAAAGGCCAUAGGAGAGCCAGAAAAAGUGCCUUUGGAGGAACCAUAUGAUUUGACCUGUGACGAGACCCUGCAGGAACCUUGUGAAGGGUACCGGCAGAACUCAACAGGGCAACAAAUGGUUGAAGAACCCUGCAAAGAACCAACAGAGGAGUGCAAUCUAACAAACGCUACUCUCUCAGCAGAUUACCCUUUGGUGUCUUCACUUCCAUCAUCUCCAGCUAUCUUACCUGACACCUCUGUAUCUCCGGGCCUUGAGGCAGUCCCCAACAUUAAACAAGAGUACCUCAUGGAUCCAGCGGUGUCAGAUGUGAAGCCAGAGCCGGACAGCACUACACAGACUCCUCAGCUUGAGCAGACUGAAGUUUUGGAAGUGAAGGAUAAGAUAAAGGAUGAAGAUGCAAAGACACCAGUCUUAUUGGGAGAUGUUGAAGCCCCACGCUUUUCAUUGCCCAUGUGUGAGAUGGUGGACAGCGUCCAUGAAAUAAGGGAACCAACCAUUGCUCAGCUUCUCCAGGAGAAAGCCCUCUUCUCCUUCUCUGAGUGGCCGAAGGACAGAGUGAUCAUCAACCGUAUUGACAGUAUCUGCCACACUAUCCUGAAAGGAAAGUGGCCUUCCUCUAGUCAGCAGUAUGAGUCUCCCAGCUCGCUAUCCAACACCUGCCUGCCCAGCAGUACCAAUCAGAGGACAGGAUAUUUGUCAACCAGAAUGCCUUUGUCUCAAAGCCUGAACUUUAAUCUGUCCCACACUGUACAACACUUACCCAAGGAGCGAUUAGUAGCCCCUGCUUUUCUCUCAGAACUGAAACGUCCCAGACACGGGUUCGAAUUCGAAGCAGAGGUUCUCGCCAAACCAAGCCACCUUGGAGAAAAGAUCCAGGUUGGCGUACCUCACCGUGCCAAUGCUCUGCUUCUGAACGGCUGGCAGGAUGCUGCCAUGGAUCUCUCCAAGCAACCAGAGCUAACCGUUGGUGGAGAAAGUGGGCCGAUCGGUCACAUGAACCAAUCGGCAACUCAUAAAAUAACUGGGAUUGGCUCCAUGCAAGGCUCGCUGGGAUUGGAUAUGGCGGGUAUUUUGCAGGCUGGCUUGAUUCACCCAGUUACAGGGCAGAUUAUCAACGGCAGCCUUCGCCGCGAUGAUUCGAUGCUGAGGAGGAGAAGAGGACGAAGAAGAAACGUGGAGACCUCUGACCUGAACUUCUCGAAGGGGCGAGGACUUGGCUUAUCAGAACAACAGAGCGGAUCAGAAAGUAUUAGCCAUCCUGUUGUGUCGUCUACAUCCCCCCAGUCAGAAUGUUCCUCAACCGGCCCAACUACACUUUCUGCCCCUCCUUCGGCCCCCCCUCCACCUCCGACAGAAACCCUCAACGUCAGCACGGAAAGAGAUGCAGCAAACAAAGGUCUCAUGGAAUGGCUUCGACAGAAUCCCAAUUACAACAUGGAGCUUCCCACGUACGCCUCGUCUCAGAGCGCAAACAUGUUGCACAGUUUCUUGGACCGACCAAAGCAGAGAAGACAUCGUUGCAAAGACCCCACCAAACUUGAUGUCAACUCUCUAACCGGAGAGGAGAGGGUCCCAGUGGUGCACCGAAGCACAGGCCGAAGGCUUGGUGGCGCUAUGGCUCCAGCAAUUAAGGAGCUGUCCCGAUGGCUGGAUGCAAACUCUGAGUACUUCGUGGCUCCAGAUUGGGCAGAUGUGGUAAAGCAUUCUGGCUUUCUCCCAGAGGGCAAAUUUACUCGCAUCCUCUCUGGACCCGUGUGCCGGGAUACUGGUCCGCGUAGGAGAGGCAGGCGACCCCGCAACGAGAUCCCCAAACCACCUGAGCUCCCAGCUGGUAUGGGUCCACUCUUCAUGAACGGUGGCAUCAUAAGCAGCAUGGACCUGGUGAGCUUACCCAAUCUCCGUAAUGUCCCAGGCAUCCCGCUAACAGGCAUCAUGGGUUUUCCUCACGGUUUUGCCACUGCGGUACCGUCGGGAGAUGAUGGCAAGAACGGACUUGGGAUGCUGCCCAUGAUGCUCCACGGCAUGGCGACCGUGCAGCCUUCCAUGUAUAGCGCUCACAUGAGUGGCAUGAUGAGUCAGGCGACCUCAACGGUUUCCACAGCAACCGCAUCCUCGUCCGCGGCAAGCGUGACUUCCACGAACUCCGCGACCGUAACUUCAACCUCCAGCCCGGCGGAUGGUUCGGAUACCGCACCGCAGCGGGACAAUGCCGGAUCUCCGGAGAGCACGGAGAAUGGGAAUAAGGAAGAGACAAAGCAAGGAGGGGAAGAUAGGAAAAUGAUACCCGGCACGGUCUCUACAGGUGCGGCCACCACCAGCAGUAGUAGCAGUAGUAGUAUCACAACAACCGGCAGCCAUUUGACCUUUAACCCCUUUCUUAUCCCGGGAAUGUCUCAUAGUCUGCUCUACCCGCAUAUGUUCCUACCCCCCGGCAGUAUAAUGGCGCUGCCUGCUAUGCCUGCCGCAGACAGUACGGGCAGCCCCAAGAGGAAGAGGAAGAAAAUUAGGGAGGAAGGACUGGUGGAGCGAAGUGUUGUCUUGCACCUGGACGGCGUUGAAGUCAAGGGGGUUAAAGACGAACAGACAGCCGAAGUAAAGAAUCAACAGGGCAGAACAGAAGAUCGAUCUGAUUUAGAAUUAGCUCAGGUCACAGGUGAUCCUAAAAACGAGGAUGCAAGUACUGAAAUGUCAGAAAAUGUAAAAGAGGCGGAAGAGGAACCUGAUCAAGAUGCCCAAGGUUCAUGUGAUGGUGAAGACUAAAAUCCACCUCACGUUUGGGCCACAGUACUUUUGCGUGUCGUGUCAGUAAAGGUUUGUGUAUAGAACUUUGAUUAUCAACCUAUUGUUUAUAGAUCUGCCCAGUCAAACUUGUAAUUUCACUGACGUCCACUAUACCUUUUGGGUGUAUGCUAAAAAAAUAGACAUUUCAAGCAUGAAAGCCCUCAAAGGUCUCGAUCUUAUAAAGGGACAACAUCAUCUUGGUGUUACAGUGUUCCUUUUGCAUCAUGGGAAUGGAUACUCUCUCUCUAUUGAUGGAGAAAGCUAUUAGUUCGAUGACCCCAGUGACCCCAGCUUUAUUUCUUUCGAUCAUGUGUUAUCGCUUUCCCAGAUCCUCAUUUGAAUGUCGUCAUUGUGAAAAAUGGAGCCCACCUUCACAUAGAUUUGGUGUUUGAGAUAUCACAGACAAGGCACACAGUCGUAGUUACGUAAGACCUAGAUUAGUGUUCGAAAUAAUGUGCAUCUGAUGCUUUUUGAUGGACCACAGUAUUUGGUUUUUAGUUGCUUGCUGCUAUGUAUUCAUUAUAGUAAAUCGAUUUUAACCUAAAUCUUAACAAAGCUAUAGAUGGCAUGAGUGCAAUGGAAACUCAAAAAGCAAGGCUUGACAUUUAUAGUAAAGAACAAUCCUGGAAAUUCUUCUUUAUUUUUUAUCGCUUCCACAUUGUCACUUUGAUAAGAUGCCCGUGUCUCGUUUUUUGAGAUGGUUACAUUGAAGGAAUAUUCCAUUUUCUUAAAAGAAAAAUCCAGAUAAUUUACUCACCACCAUGUCAUCCAAAAUGUU